AUGCACGCGAAUCUACGCAACCAGAUCUCACUCCUUAGGAAACUUCCGGAAAGAGACGACCUUGACGAGAUAAUGUCCGCUCCUUUAUUCACCUAUCCGGUGCUCAAGAGCGCCGAGAGAUUAACCACCAUCGCCUCCAAGGCCCCAUUUGCCCAAUACGCACUCCUCGCCGGGGACGCAGAUAUGCUACAACGCACACCUAAAGAUGACCCCCGUAUCUUUUACAACGUUGCCGUGCCUUCCAGCACCUUCAUCUGCGGUAGUCAGGGGUCCGGCAAAAGUCACAGCCUGUCUUGCAUACUCGAGAAUUGUCUGAUUCCCGCCCCGAUAUUAGGACAUCUCCCGAAGCCCUUGGCGGGUAUCGUCUUCCACUACGACACAUUCAUAUCCGAUGCUGGGGGCGUGCCUUGCGAAGCCGCAUAUAUAUCCUCAGACCCUCGGGUCAAAGUCCGCGUCUUAUGUCCGCCGACGAAUUUCGCUACUAUGAAGGAUACGUAUAGCUCCCUUAAAAAUGUCAAGGUUGAGGAGUUGCGGCUUAAAGAGUCGUAUCUUAACACCAAACGUAUGUUAGAGCUUAUGGCAUUCAGCGAAGGAGGACGCCAACCCCUUUACCUCCACGUCAUCCAGAGAAUCCUAAGAGAUAUGCGAGUCGCACAACAGCAGACAAAAUCUGGCUUCAAAUAUAGCGACUUUAUUAAAGAGCUCCAAAAAGAGAAUUUAUUGACCGACCAAAUACGACCUCUACUGCAACGCCUAAAUACUCUGGAAAGCUUCAUGGUCCCAGAGGAAAUCGGCACCGGAGCGCAAAUUAUCUCCCAGAAGCCGAAGCCACAGAAAAAAGUGAGUAAGAAGGCAAGUAAGAAAGCGAAUAAGAAAGCGAAAUCUGGCGGUGGCGAUACGCAACCUAGCGAUACGGAUGAAGGCACAAACUGGACACUUCAAUCGGGUGAGUUACUUAUUGUAGAUCUAUCAUGCCCAUGCAUCACACCGAGUAUGGCAUGUUCAUUAUUCAACAUAUGUCUUUCAAUAUUCUUGGAGCAGAAAACUUCCCUUGGCAGAGUAAUCGCCCUCGAUGAAGCACACAAAUAUAUGGAUGAGACAGUCGAAUGCGAGACCCUCACCAACAACCUGCUAUCGGCAAUCCGCCUCCAGCGUCACCUCGGCGCUCGCGUCAUCGUCUCGACACAGGAGCCUACCAUAUCCCCGAAACUACUCGAUCUGUGCAGCAUCACCGUCGUUCACCGAUUCACCUCGCCAGACUGGUUAAAUAUGCUAAAGAAACACAUCGCGGGGAUUCCGAGGGCGUCAAAAAUGGACAAAAUCGGGGAUAUCCAACAAGACGUAGAUCGGAAGGGCGGAGCCGACGUUCCUAGAAGUAUGCACGAGAUAGUAGCAGCAUCGAGCGAUCCUUAUACUGAGCUCUUUUCUCACAUCGUCGAGCUCAGGACAGGCGAAGCUUUUGUGUUUGCUCCUAGUGCGAUUAUCGACUUCGGGAAGCGGAAUUCUCAACUAAAGAAGAUCGAGAGCACACGAUUAGCUCAUCGUAUCAUGCGCGUCAUAAUGAGAGCUCGUAUCACUACGGAUGGGGGUAGAAGCAUCAUGGCUACUUAA